AUGGAGAAUCCAACGGGUGCAGUUGUACCACCGAUUAGUUUAGCCACCACCUUUCAACAAGCUCAUCCGGGUCAAGCCACCGCUCCCGAAGACCCCAACAGCUUUGGCUUGGGAUACGAGUAUUCGCGCACCGGAAAUCCAACACGCGGCGCCUUGGAACGGGCCAUUGCAGCCGCCGAGCACGCCAGGUAUUCCGUAGCCUAUUCGUCCGGUAGUGCCGCCACUUCCGCCGUCGUACACUGCCUAGAGCACGGUAGUCACAUCGUUUGUGUAGACGACGUUUACGGAGGGACUCAGCGGUAUUUUCGUCGCAUUGUGACACCUACCAUGGGCAUGACGAUUGAGUUCGUCGACAUGUCCACAUCAUCGUCCGAAAACUCCGACUCGCCUUUGUCACUCGAGUUCGCUCCCCAAACAAAACUGGUCUGGCUUGAGACACCCACCAACCCGACACUGAAGAUUACGGAUAUUUCCAAGGUUGCGGCCGUCACCAAAAAACAAAACUGUCUCUUGGCGGUCGACAAUACCUUCUGCUCCCCAUACUUUCAGAAUCCUUUGAGCCUCGGAGCCGAUUUAGUCGUACACUCCGUAACGAAGUACAUUGGUGGACACUCCGAUGUUGUUAUGGGAGUCGUCUGUACCAAUCGGGAGGAUUUGUACCAAAAGCUACGCUUUACACAAAACGGUGUGGGUGCCGUCCCGUCGCCUUUUGAUUGUUUCUUGGCCCAUCGAGGUUUGAAAACGUUGCAUCUGCGAAUGGAAGCGGCAGCUCGGAACGCCCACGCUAUUGCACUCUUUCUACAGUCUCACGAGGGUGUACAGAAAGUAGUGUAUCCUGGCCUGUCAUCCCAUCCUCAACAUGAGCUGGCGAAACGCCAGCAGCACGGCUUUGGUGCCAUGAUUACGUUCUAUUGCAAAGGUGGACGAAAAGAGGCGGCCGUAUUUUUGAAACACCUGCGUGUCUUUGCUUUGGCGGAAUCUCUGGGAGCUGUCGAAUCCUUGGCAGAAAGUCCGUCGCUCAUGACGCACGCCUCGGUACCUGAUGAACAACGCGCCAAGCUAGGUAUUGACGAUUCCCUCAUUCGACUGUCCAUUGGUGUUGAAAGUUGCCGAGACUUGAUUGACGAUUUACGCAAUUCGUUGGUCGUUUUGGUUGAGUCAAUGGGCGGGUUGAAAUGA